AUGGCUCUGUUGCCCAUGGUCCGCAAGGUUCUCGGCCCUCUUCCGGGACACUCGGCGAGACCUAGUGGCGAUGGGCAGGCAAGCUAUAGGCUGCACGCGCUGGACAUGUGCGCAAGGCCAGGGAAAAAGCAAAGCAUGAGUAGUAGAGCCAUCAUUAUGAGCGAACAUCCACCACCACCACCACCACCACCACCACGGGUGCGUUUCUCCAGCCUGGCCCAUAACUCGUUCUUAGCAGACGACAUGGCCGCCGAACCUACUCAGCCGAUUGUCGUCAACGGGCCUCUGCGCACCGAAAGCACACAGAGCUCGGGCAGCAGCGAGUCGUCAGCCAGUUCCGAUGGUGGUGAAGUCAGGCUUGGCGGCAAUCCCAUGGCCCCAGCAGCCCAUGGCCAUUACCACUUUGCACCUGCAGUCACUGCAUCGCCCGUCGACGACCAGAUUGCGCCCUUGGGAGGUCUUUCAUACAGUUGGAGCAGCGCUGCAUCCUCGCGCCCGCGUGGUCCUCACAUCAUGACCGACCUGCCACCCGCCGCCACCGCCGCCGCCCCUCAUGGCCCAGCAGCAGCCAGCGUCAAUGUCAACGGAGGCGGCAGCACACCCACGUCUGCUCGCACACCGCGCCCUGGAGCCAUUCGCACGCCGUCCAAUGCCUAUGCCCCUGCCCGCCGCCCCCAGCAGUUUUCGCUCAACAGCAACACCACACAGCACCGCAACCGCGCCUCGUCGGCCUCGCGCGCCCGUCGCAACCCAAACGCCGAGUACCGCGCCCAGGAAAAGGCCUAUGUACAGCGCAUCCGCCAGGAAGACCAGCAGGAUGACUUCUUCGACCCGGCCCUGCGCACCCCCAGCCUGGGUUACAGCACCGACUCGGAGACGGACGAUGAGAGCCCCUCCACGGCCGAGUAUGUCGACAACGAUCCCUACGACCAGGAGACGCUGCUCUACUAUGGCAACAACGACGACAUGCAGCCGUCUAUUGAAGAGCUCAAGAUCCCCGCCAAUCGCGAGCGCCUCGAAUGGCACUCGAUGCUGGCCAGUGUGUUGACGGGCGAUGUGGUCAAGCAGGAAAAGAAGCGGCUGAUUGGCAGUGGCGAACAGCAAGGUGACAGCACCAUGAAGGCUGAGAUUUGGAUGGGCAUACGCGCCAAGGUCUGCGGCCGCUCGCUGCAGGCACAGCGCCGCAUUGUCGAUGACACACGCAGCAAGAUCAGGGCCAACCUCGAAAGCAUCAUCUCCUUCGAGGUCGGUGGCGAGGCUGAGGCUGGCCAGACCGCCGCCCAGCAGGUCGAAGACAUUGUCAAGAAGAUUGAAAAGGUCGAGAGCGUCUAUCCCACCCGCCAGGCCCUCGAGGCAGCCUACCCACGAGCCGCCUCGAAACCCUACAAGGAUGCCUGCGAUGCCGUCAUCGCCUGGCACAACACCAUCGCCCUUAUCAACACGGAGAUGUCCAUUUUGAAGAAGUGGGUGGGCAAUGACGAGCUCGACUUCACAAAGCCCCGCCCUCGCUCUUCGCAGGACCACCACCUGACGGACGAGUCUUCGUUCAUUGACCGCAUCCUCAAAGAAGACGGUCUCAAGUCGCUACAGGGCGACACGAACCUGCUGAAACCACUGGAAAAGGUGAUUCAAAAGGCCAAGAAUACGCUCAUUGCCAAUGCCGAAGGCUUUGCAGACCGCCAUCUUCCCCCCUAUAUUGAAGAAUUGCUCACCCUCAUCAACUUUCCAUCCCGUCUACUACAAGAGAUUAUUCGUGUCCGGUUAUCAUACGCCAAGAAGAUCAAGGAUCCAUCACAACAAGGUGUCAUGAUGGCCGAACAGAUGAUUGCUCAGUUCCAGAUCUUGCUCGCCAUGGCUGGCCAGGUAAAGGAGAGUUACAUGGUCAUCUCACGGCCCGAGCCGGGUUGGGACCUACCUCCUUGCAUCGAGGAGAACUUUGACGUGGUUGUCUUGGAUGCGCUCAAGUUCUACUUUAAGAUGCUGAACUGGAAACUCGCCGCCAACAAGAACACCUUCAAGGAGGCUGAAAUCCUCGAACAGGAGUGGGACUUUUGCAACAAGUUAGGCAGGCAACUUCAGGGCGGCGAUGUCGAGACGGCCGAGCAAUUCAGUGUCCUCACCUCCAAGUCGCUCACCCGUCUCAGCGCACAUUUCGAAAGGGAGUUGCAGCGCCGACCUGACGAGCUCACGGGAUCCGAAAUGGAAAAGCGGUACAAGCAGAUUCUGGAUUCCGUCCGUGUUCGGCAGCGUAAGCUGUUCCGUUUCUCGAGAAUUCUCACACAGCGCUUCGAGAAUUGCACAGAAUACAACAUCAACCACAUAGAUCUGGACCAGGAACAGUUGGCCGACCUGUACGAAGCACUGGUCAUUACGAACCACUUCCUGGUCGAAACAAAUGAUGGCACGAAUGCGGGUGUAUAUAUUAUCGCCUCGCCCGCUCUGCUGGAACGACCCAAGGAUAUCCAAUCGCUACUCACAACCUGCUAUCACGCCGAAGAGGCCCCUGAGGAUCCUUCGAAUCCCUAUGUCUUGAUCAUCAGGCCUGAGCAACCCUUGUACUGGGCCGGAAACAAGAUGAAGGCCGAUAUCCACGAGCCUCAUCUCGACCUGAAACCAGGCCGACUACGUCUUGUGGCGGAUGGCUCUCAGCAGCGACUAGCCAACGCGAACGUCUCUUUCCUGUCAGCUAUUGGAAUCGAACUCAACACGUUGAUUGAGCAGCGAGCCAACCUUCCACGCGUCAAUCAGGAGUUGCAGAAGAUCAAAAAGACGGCAUGGAAGCUGUCCAAUACCAUUAUGGACAGUGUUGAAAUUGUUCGUAAGCAGACUGUGGGCCUUGACUGCCAAGAUCUCAUUCAGACUUGCUUCGCCUUCGCGACCGAGUUUGGUCAGCGUUCAGUCUUGUACUUGGAUUACAACCGUCGCGCAUGGAACAACAUCAAGUUGACCAGACUAGCCCUAGACUGGGUCAGCUUCAUCUGUGAUGAUUGUAUUGCCUCCGACCGCAAGACCUUCCGCUGGGCUGUGGUGGCUUUGGAGUUUGCUAUGAUGAUGACACGCGGUCAAAACAUCUUGUCGAUCAGCGAUGAAGAAUACUCGCAGCUCCGACUCAAGGUUGCUGGCUGCAUGUCUGUUCUCAUCUCGCACUUUGACAUUAUGGGGGCAAGAUCGACCAUUGCUGCUCAAGCUGAGCGCCAGCGCCUCAACGCCAUCGCGGGCAAGAGUCUGGUGGAUCCCAUGAACUCCAAGGACGAUGAAGAAUCGAUUGAAUUGACGCAACAGCAAUGGAUGCAGAGGCUAGAGGAAAUCGACUCUUUCCGCAAAGACAAGGAGGCUGAGCGUCAAGCUCUGGGUCGCGUACUGGAAGACUCCAAUGAAGCUGACCGUGCGCUCACCUACCUAUCCUCUUCUGCGACCAACGUCACCCUCCGAUGGCAGCAAGGCCAAUUCGUCGGCGGGGGUACCUUUGGAUCUGUGUACGCGGCUAUGAACCUCGACUCGAAUCAUCUGAUGGCUGUCAAAGAAAUUCGUCUGCAAGAUCCUCAGCUGAUCCCUACCAUUGUCGCUCAGAUUAGAGACGAGAUGGGUGUGCUGCAAGUGUUGGAUCACCCCAACAUUGUCUCCUACUACGGUAUUGAGCCCCACCGGGACAAGGUCUACAUCUUUAUGGAAUACUGCUCGGGUGGCUCGCUCGCCGGCCUCCUGGAGCAUGGUCGCAUUGAGGACGAAACGGUCAUCAUGGUCUACGCGCUACAAAUGUUGGAAGGUCUCGCCUAUCUACACGACUCUCGCGUCGUUCAUCGCGACAUCAAGCCUGAAAACAUCCUCCUCGACCACAACGGUGUGAUCAAAUUCGUCGACUUUGGCGCUGCAAAGCUCAUUGCACGGCAAGGCCGCACCCUCGCCGCCGAACACACGGCGACCCGCCAGGGCCGGCAAGGCUCCAUGACGGGAACGCCUAUGUACAUGUCCCCCGAAGUCAUCCGCGGCGGCUCCACAGGCCGCCACGGCGCCGUCGACAUCUGGUCCCUCGGCUGCGUCAUUCUCGAGAUGGCGACGGGGCGCCGGCCGUGGGCGUCCAUGGACAAUGAAUGGGCCAUCAUGUACCACAUUGCCCAAGGGGACCCACCGCAGCUUCCCACGCGCGACCAGCUCUCAGAGCAGGGCAUCGACUUUUUGAAAAAAUGCUUUGAGCGCGAUCCCGUCAAGCGCGCGUCCGCCGUCGAGUUGCUCCAGCAUGAAUGGAUCAUGGCGCUUCGGGCCCAGCUCAGUCUCGAGCCACAGACGCCGAGUACGGAGGGGCCGGGGAGUCAGGGGAGUACGCCGCAGAGUAGUCGGCAGAAUUCUUCUUAUUGA